AUGGGCAGAGACUCAGGAAUAAAUGGAACAUUGGUUUCAAUGGUCCAUGACGAAACUAAUGAUUAUACAUACAAUCCUGACCUUGAACCACCUGCUCGUCUGUCUUGUGACGCUCUGUGUGCUUUUGUCCUGACAUCAAACAUCAUCAUCUUCAUUCUGGGCAUUGUGGGAAAUGGCCUUGUCAUUUGGAUCAUUAGCGUAAAGACAAAACGCACGGUCAACUCCUCAUGGUACCUGAGCUUGGCAGCGUCUGACUUCUUGUUCUGCGCGACUGUUCCUCUCAACGGUGUCUAUAUGGCAACUGGACACUGGCAUUUUGGACAUUUCAUGUGUAAGUUCGUAUCUGUGGCCUUCCCCCUUAACAUGUACAGCAGCAUUUUCCUCCUGCUUGUCAUCAGUGUGGACCGCUGCAUGUGUGUCGUAUUUCCUGUGUGGACUCAGAACCACCGGACUCUGAGGAAGUCUUCUGCCAUCAUUGUCCUGGUCUGGAUUGUCUCUGCACUGCUAACUCUACCCUCCUUUGUGUUUCGUACUAUAGAAGAUGAUACCAAGUGCAUCCAUGAUUAUGAUUCCACUGCAUUUUCCCGUAAAAACACUGUGUUGAUUGGUUUUAUAUUUGGACUUGCCAUCCCUCUGAUGGUGAUAGUGAUCUGCUACUCUGUUAUUACGCUGAAGCUGAGAGCCAAUCGUAUGAUGAGAUCUUCAAAGCCCUUUAAGGUGAUGACCGCUGUCAUAAUCACAUUUGUAAUCUGCUGGCUUCCUUUCCAAAUCUUUCAGCUGCUGGAAGUCUACCAUGCAUCAUAUUCUCAUACCCUGUUGAAAAUAGGGAUUCAAGUAACAAUGACCUUAGCCUAUGCCAACAGUUUCAUGAACCCAAUUUUGUAUUCAUUCAUGGGUCAGGACUUCAGGAAUAAAUGCCUGAUGUCCGUUCUUUCAAGGAUGGAAAAUGCCUUGCGGGAGGAAGGCUGUUCCACAAAAGCUAUGUCCAUGUCAAAAUCAAGCUCUUAAUACUGUAUCUGUUUGCACA